AACUUUCAAACACUCAUGAUAACAUUAAAAAAAGAAGUUCAGUACAUUCAUGUAGAUAUGCUGGAUUUUAUGUAUGCAUGUAGGGUGUAAGGUCAUAACAUGCUGUCAUCAUCCUGUUAGUCAUGUUGACUCUCCUGCGCCACCUGUCGUCCUCUUGUUGCUAUGGAGGGCGCCGCUCCAUAGCAACCGUCAUCUCUGGGAACAAAACUUCCAAGGUGGUGAGGGAGCGGCUGAAGAAGGAGGUGGACAAGAUGAAGGUGUCCAAUGUCGUCCCGAGUCUGAUGGUUUUACAGGUGGGAAACCGAGAGGAUUCGAACUUGUACAUCAGCAGUAAGAUGAAAGCUGCAACUGAGGUGGGCAUCGAGGCGGCGCAUGUGAGGUUGCCCAACACAGUGACACAAGAUGAGGUGCUACGGACCAUCAUGUCGGUCAACGAGGACGUGUCUGUGCACGGCCUCAUUGUGCAACUUCCUCUGGAUUCCGUCCACCACAUGGACGUGGAGAUGGUCACCAACGCUGUCUCUCCGCUCAAAGAUGUAGACGGUCUGAGUUGCAUCAAUGCAGGGAAGUUGUCUCGUGGGGACUUGAACAACUGCUUCCUUCCCUGUACUCCCAAUGGAUGCAUGGAACUCAUCAGACAGACAGGUGUGAGCGUGGCUGGCAAACACGCGGUGGUGAUCGGUCGCAGUAAGAUUGUGGGCGCACCCAUGCACGACUUGCUGCUGUGGAAUCAUGCCACCGUUACCACCUGUCAUUCAAAGACGCGCAACAUGCCCGAAGAGGUGGGUAGGGCUGACAUCCUGGUGGUGGGGGCGGGGCGAGCGGAGAUGGUGCGAGGCGAUUGGCUGAAGGAGGGCUGUAUCGUUAUCGACUGCGGCAUCAAUCACGUGCCAGAUGAAAGCAAGCCAAGUGGCAAGCGCGUGGUCGGCGACGUUCACUACCCCUCGGCCUAUCAGAGAGCUGGAUUCAUUACUCCGGUUCCCGGAGGGGUUGGGCCAAUGACGGUGGCCAUGCUCAUGCAGAACACGGUACUCAGCGCUCAGCGUGUCCUCGCCAACAUGGCGGGCACCGGACGCUCCCUCUGACGCCGCCGGUUUCAGAAAUAAAAGUCUGACCCCCGCCGGGUUUCUUAAAAUCAGCGUAAUCUGUUUGAUGACGAAGAUGAUGGUGGUGGAUGUUGCCGUAGCAAUAGUCAAGCCAAAAGAGGCUUUAUGUUUCCAGUUUCCAGCUUUUACUUUUCUAGGUUCUUUCAUCUUCCAUUUGUAGAUUUAAGCUGUCCACAUGCACUCA